AGAGAGAGAGAGAGAGAGAGAAGAGGGAAGGGAGGAGCAUUGGGUUUCAGUGGGGGCUUUUUAUCUCUCCCACUUGUAACAUUAAUACUGUCAGAGGCGUUGAUUGCAACUUUUCAAAGGUCGGUCCCUGUGCAGACGAAGGAGGAGAUCCCCCCCCCCCCCCAUCCCCACUGGUGGUGCUCAGCACCCGAAUUACAUUUUAUUGGGAGAAUGAGCAGAAUCUCAAACGGAGUAGUGUAGGGGGAUCCAGCCUUUUCCUCGUGGACCCAGGGGAAGCCACUUUCUGUGCGCUGGGGAGCGCAUCCCCGCAGUGACAUGUGUCUAACUCUCGGCGCCGAAUUGGGCAGCAGGUGCAGGUUCUAAAGAGCCACUGCUGCCGCUACCGGCCCCGAGGUGCGACUGACGCCAAGCCAUGCAGCCCCCAGGAGCGCCCUUCUUCUGCACCUUGCGCCUCCUGCUCCUGAUGCAGCUUUCAGUUUCUCCUGCUCUGGCUACUGGGAACCGAACCAAUUUAGGAAAGGCAAACUUGCCCGCGAUGACCCGGGAGCAGCAUGAUUGGGAAGUUUGGGGGUCGGGAGAUGGGCUGCAGAAAGUCUUGUCCAGCAGUCCCAGGGAAGCUGUUGGAGCCAAAGCACAAGAAAAGAUGGUGGAGGACGAAAAAGGAAACGCAUUAACAAUGCCUUUCAGGGACCUGCCUGUGGCUCACAGGACUUCUCAUGUCCCCCCAGAGAGGCGGCCUGGCAUCUGGCUAGUUCCCCUCAGAGCAGCGGUGAUUGAGUUACCCGUUGCCCUUAGGUUUUCCUUGGAUUCGGAUAAAGAGAAAGGUGACAGGGGUACUGAUCUAGGAGGCAGCCAGGAGCAGAAUGUUAAGACAGACCCGGGAGCCCUGGAGCCCUUUUCCCGGUGGAGAAGAGCGGGGAAACCCCUCGGUGACCCCCUGACCAGCCCACCUGCCUUGGAGAGAGCAGCCACAGUAGAUGGAAAAGCACAGGAGAAGGCAGUGGCCAACGCCGGGAAGGCAUUGCCUUUAAAUGCAUCUUCUGGAGAGGCUCUUCAGGAACGGAGUGGCCCCCGUGGGGGAAACGGCACGAAUCGUCGCCCUAAGCUUAAGAAUCCCUUCUAUCCGCUGACCCGCGAAUCCUAUGGAGCUUACGCUGUCAUGUGCCUGUCGGUGGUGAUCUUCGGCACUGGCAUAAUUGGAAACCUGGCUGUGAUGUGUAUUGUAUGCCACAACUACUACAUGAGGAGCAUCUCCAACUCCCUCCUGGCCAACCUGGCCUUCUGGGAUUUCCUCAUCAUCUUUUUCUGCCUGCCGCUGGUCAUCUUCCAUGAGCUCACCAAGAAAUGGCUUCUAGAGGAUUUCUCCUGCAAGAUCGUGCCCUAUCUCGAGGUUGCUUCGCUGGGAGUCACUACAUUCACCCUGUGCGCCCUAUGUAUAGACCGCUUCCGGGCUGCCACUAACGUUCAGAUGUACUACGAAAUGAUUGAAAAUUGUAGUUCCACCACUGCCAAACUGGCUGUCAUCUGGGUCGGGGCUCUGCUUUUAGCACUCCCAGAAGUGGUCUUGAGACAGCUCAGCAAAGAAGACUUGGGGUUCAGUGACAGAAUUCCCGCAGAACGGUGUGUCAUCAAGAUCUCACCUGAGCUCCCCGACACCAUCUACGUCUUAGCUCUCACUUACGAUAGUGCAAGACUCUGGUGGUACUUUGGCUGCUAUUUUUGCUUGCCCACACUUUUCACUAUCACCUGCUCCCUUGUGACUGCGAGGAAAAUCCGCAAAGCUGAGAAGGCUUGCACCAGGGGGAACAAGAGACAGAUUCAGCUUGAAAGCCAGAUGAACUGCACCGUAGUCGCCUUGACCAUUUUAUAUGGAUUUUGCAUCAUUCCGGAGAACAUCUGCAACAUUGUCACAGCCUACAUGGCUACAGGGGUCUCAGAGCAGACCAUGGACCUUCUCCAUAUCAUUAGUCAAUUUCUUCUGUUUUUUAAGUCCUGCGUCACCCCCGUCCUCCUUUUCUGUCUUUGUAAACCUUUCAGUCGGGCCUUUAUGGAAUGCUGCUGCUGCUGCUGUGAUGAGUGCAUUCAGAAGUCUUCCACAGUGACCAGUGAUGACAAUGACAAUGAAUACACCACAGAACUCGAGCUCUCUCCUUUUAGUACCAUACGGAGAGAAAUGUCCACUUUUGCAUCUGUGGGCACCCAUUGUUGAACGACUUCUUUUUUUUAAUUUUAUGAAGAUUUUUACUUCCUUUUUCCUUGCUGGUACAAAAUGCAAAAAAAUAAAAUUACACAUAGUAGAGUGAUUUUGCAUAUUAACACAUAUGCUUUGUUGAGGGUUGGGGAAGUUAUGUUUAGUUAUUUAAGAAAAAAGAACAAAACAACCAAUAGUUUUAGACCAUUUUUAUCCAGGUUGGUGCUAAUAUUUUAUUUGAAAAAAAAUUUACUGCACCUUAAUUUCAUUACUCAUUAGAUUUUUUAUAAACAUAAUCAUUGUCCAUUGAGUAUAGUCAUGUGAUUUUUAUAAGAUGUUUUAUGUAAAGAUGUGGUUAAAAGUAUUGUGUAUUAUAUUGUGAGGUGAUUUGGAGUCUAAAAUUUGCAAAUUAGCAGACAAUAAAUUGCAUUUUAUUAUUUAAUUUCAUUGUCAACCUACUUUUAACAAAGACCCAAUAAAUUUCUUUUACUUUCCUUAA